AUGUCGGUUUAUUCGUCUUACCUACUAUUUCUCCAUUAUUAUUUUUAUUUUUCUUCAUUCUUUUCCUUUCCCUUUCUUUUUCAUUUUCUACCUUUUUCUUCUUUGACUUUCGUUCUUUCUUAUUUUUUCUUUCCGUUUUUACCGAAUCUUGUCAUUCUCUCUCUCACGCUCUUUCUUAUUUAUUUUUCUUCUUCCUUUUGCUAUCUAAUUUCUCUUCUUAGCCUCUCUUCUUUCCUUCUGAUUUUCUGUGUGUAUUUUCCUCUCUUUAUUUUCAAUGUCAUUCGUCUCACUUUUUCUCCCCACCUUUACCACCGAUUCUCUAUUUUAAUUUCUACCUUUGUCCCAACUCACCUGAGUGUCGCCUUCUCUAGCAAUCCCUCCCUCCUUCCCUCACCACCAUUUCCUUUUCCCCAUUACUCUCCGAACUUUCCUUCUUUCCAACCAGCCGUCAAAAUUUCCUCCCUUUCUUUAUCUGUGGUUACGAGCACAUGCCCGCACGCUUCGGGCCACCGGUCGACUCGCCGUCCCUGCAAGAUGGACUUGAGUAGAAGAUCGGGUUCUUUAACUUCGGCCCCGUCUACCAAAGAUAUAGAUGUAAUUGAUGAAGUUCUUGCCGAGGACGAGGAGGGUAAUACCGGGGUGAAAGAACAUAUUCCUAUGUCCUCGGCUCUUUUUCGUUUGUCUUGGAUUAGCGAUGAUAGCGACUCGGACGACCCAGGCCCAAAAUUGAGGGAUAGACAAGGAGUGAAAGCCAGCUAUCCAUCUAUCUAUCUAUCUAUCUAUCUAUCUAUCUAUCUAUCUAUCUAUGCGAAGUUGUGCCUAUUCACAAUACUGCAUUAA